AUGACUCCAUCAAUGGCCAUGCGCGAUGAUAAUUCUAUCGCCAUUCCUCUCGGUCUUUCGAGUUUCAACGCUGUGAAAGCUCGUGCGAAACGUCUUGCAAAAGAGAUCGGCAUUCCAGCUCCUCAGAAUGAAAUUCAGAAACCUCAAGUUACCAACGUAAAAGAGAAGACCAAGGCAAAGAAUAGCCAAUUUUGCUGCAAACUUUUUGUACCAGGACUGAACUAGUCACCCCACAGAUCUUUUAUGCUCGAAGACUUCUUUAUAUGAUCGCUUACAAAUCUUACCUGCACACAGGCCAUGGAGGAAGACUUCUCCUGGAUUGCCUCUCCUGGAUUGCCUGCCCUGGCUUGAGUGUAAGUUGCAGCCUAGGGAAAGUCGAAGAUGAGCUUAUCGGGCGACGAUUAUGCUAGCCCAUAGCGAGCUCCAACAAAGACUCUUGGGUGCUAAUAUACAUCCACCAACCCAAUUUGGACCUACACCGGUCGUUCACCUAUGAGAACUACACCACACUAAGUCUCAAGACCUCUUUAUAUGACCGCUUACAUAUGCAAAGUCCGAGAAGUCGAGAGAUUG